AUGCCUUCAGACCAGGAGGAUGCCGUGUCCACGGCCGGCGAUGCGCCCGAUGCUUCAGCUCUUGCCCCGAAGCAGCCGUAUCGUUCGUUCAAAAAGAAAUUCGUCAAGCUCAAGGUCCAGUUUGAAUUGAAAAUGCGCGAGAGCGAGAACCUCGUGCGUGAGCGACUACGGGUUGAAGAUCUCUCCAAGUCGAUCCAAGAAACAAACGAUCAACUUUUAGAUGUGCUCAUGGAAUUCAAUGACAGCCUCCACAUUAAGCCCAGCCUUCGCUACGAUCUCGCUGCUCCCGAAGAGGACGCCCCGUUAUCGCCAGAAUCCGAAGACAUUGCGACGACAACGUACAGUGCAGCGGCUGCUAAAUCAGCCUUGAGAGAGGCGAGAGCCGAAUUAGAAGCUGGAGUGAUAACCCCGGACUCGUACCGUCGCUUGGAAGAGGGUAUAAAGCGAAACAGCACGUAUCAACCGGCAGUCAAAUACACCUCAUUACGGCAGAUUCCGCACAAUGAUCCUUCAGAGUUUUACCAAGAUGAAUCAGAAGAGGUUUCAUUGCGGUACAAGCUGGGAUACUUGACCCCGGAGCAUGAAACCGAGUACCUCCUCCGAACGGAUAUAGAAUUGGGCGAUCAAAACGCGAUCGCGCAACUCAGUACUCAAUUGCCCGACAAGUCGACCACCUUCACAGAGCGAAUGCGUGAUGCAAAUCUUGCAAACCCGAGCUCGGUGUAUAACUGGCUGCGGCGCAACACACCGCAGAUUUUCCUUCAAGACAACGACAACUCGUCUGAAAAGGGUGGUGGUGGCGGCGGUGGCGGCCCGCGCCCGAGCAAUCUGCGUACCUCGAAGCGAGCCUCUAGUGUACGCAAUCCCGCCAAGGAAGAAGACAUGUACGAUGAAGAUGGCAUUGCGCUGGAUACGCCCGAGCCCACCAGCUCCAAGGGCAAGCGCAAGCGUGAGGAAGACACUGGGUAUCGACCCAAGGGUGGACGAAGCGGCGGUACCAGCCGCAAAAAGAAGGAGACGGAGAGCAACAACAACACCAACACCAACACCAACUUUUCGGGUCGUCGAUCUAAACGCUCAUCUGGGGUUGGAGCUUAA